AGUGACUUCUGGCUCACUGCUCACCACCCGCAGGACAGUGGGCCAGGGUGGCGCCCUCUCUGUCUCCGUUUCCUCGUGGGGGCUCAGGGCCCCUCCCAGGCAUAGCGCCGUGCCCACGCAGCGCGGGCAUUUGCGGGCGAUGGGGUGUGUGUCUGGGUGUGUGGGUUGUAUGCACACACGCUCAUGUCCUCUCUUGCCUGUUCUCCCCAGGGCUGAGUUUCCCGACCCCGUGAUGCCCGGCCCCGCAGGACCUGAGCUCCAAGGCGCCAGGUCCCGGACCGCCAUGCCGCUGCCACCUCUGAGCCUGCGCGUAUUCGCCAUGCUGCUGCUCCUGCUCCUGGGUGGUGCUCAGGCUGCCGUGGGCUCGCCCAGGGCAGGCCGGGGCCUUCAGCCCGCCUUCCGCACCUUUACAGCCAGCGACUGGGGCCUCACCCACUUGGUGGUCCAUGAGCAGACUGGCGAGGUGUACGUGGGCGCCGUGAACCGCAUCUACAAGCUGUCGGGGAACCUGACACUGCUGCGGGCCCACGUGACGGGCCCUGUGGAGGACAAUGAAAAGUGCUACCCACCCCCCAGCGUGCAGUCGUGCCCACAUGGCCUGGGCAGCACAGACAAUGUCAACAAGCUACUACUCCUGGACUACGCUGCCAACCGCCUGCUGGCCUGCGGCAGCGCCUCCCAGGGCAUCUGCCAGUUCCUGCGGCUUGACGACCUCUUCAAGCUGGGCGAGCCGCACCAUCGCAAGGAGCACUACCUGUCGAGUGUGCGCGAAGCUGGCAGCAUGGCGGGCGUGCUCAUCGCUGGGCCGCCAGGCCAGGGCCAGGCCAAGCUCUUCGUGGGCACGCCCAUCGAUGGCAAAUCUGAGUACUUCCCCACGCUCUCCAGCCGCCGGCUCAUGGCCAACGAGGAGGAUGCGGACAUGUUUGGCUUUGUGUACCAGGACGAGUUCGUGUCCUCACAGCUGAAGAUCCCGUCAGACACACUGUCCAAGUUUCCAGCCUUCGACAUCUACUACGUAUACAGCUUCCGCAGUGAGCAGUUUGUCUACUACCUCACCCUGCAGCUGGACACACAGCUGACCUCGCCCGAUGCUGCGGGCGAGCACUUCUUCACCUCCAAGAUUGUGCGGCUGUGCGUGGACGACCCCAAGUUCUACUCGUACGUGGAGUUCCCCAUUGGCUGUGAGCAGGCUGGUGUGGAGUAUCGCCUGGUGCAGGAUGCCUACCUGAGCCGGCCCGGCCAAACCCUGGCCCGCCAGCUGGGCCUGGCGGAGGAUGAGGAUGUGUUGUUCACCGUGUUCGCCCAGGGCCAGAAGAACCGCGUGAAGCCGCCCAAGGAGUCGGCGCUGUGCUUGUUCACGCUCAGAGCCAUCAAGGAGAAGAUCAAGGAGCGCAUCCAGUCCUGCUACCGCGGCGAGGGCAAGCUCUCGCUGCCCUGGCUGCUCAACAAGGAGCUGGGCUGUAUCAACUCGCCCCUGCAGAUCGAUGAUGACUUCUGUGGACAGGACUUCAACCAGCCGCUGGGGGGCACGGUCACCAUCGAGGGCACACCCCUAUUUGUGGACAAGGACGACGGCCUGACUGCCGUGGCUGCCUACGACUACCGGGGCCGCACUGUGGUGUUCGCCGGCACGCGCAGUGGCCGCAUCCGCAAGAUCCUGGUGGACCUUGCCAGCCCUGGUGGCCGCAUGGCCCUGCCGUAUGAAAGUGUGGUAGCCCAAGAGGGCAGCCCCAUCCUGCGUGACCUGGUCCUCAGCCCCAACCGCCAGUACCUCUAUGCCAUGACGGAGAAGCAGGUGACGCGGGUGCCGGUGGAGAGCUGCGUGCAGUAUACGUCAUGCGAGCUGUGCCUCGGGUCCCGGGACCCCCAUUGUGGCUGGUGUGUCCUGCAUAGCAUCUGUUCGAGGCAGGAUGCAUGUGAGCGGGCGGACGAGCCCCAGCGCUUUGCCUCCGACCUGCUGCAGUGCGUACAGCUGACCGUACAGCCGCACAACGUGUCGGUCACCAUGUCCCAAGUGCCGCUCGUGCUGCAGGCCUGGAACGUGCCUGACCUCUCUGCUGGCGUCAACUGCUCCUUUGAGGAUUUCACGGAGUCUGAGGGCGUCCUGGAGGAUGGCCGCAUCCACUGCCGCUCGCCCUCCUCGUGGGAGGUGGCGCCCAUCACGCGGGGCCAGGGGGACCAGCGGGUGGUGAAGUUGUACCUGAAGUCCAAGGAGACCGGGAAGAAGUUUGCAUCUGUGGACUUUGUCUUCUACAAUUGCAGCGUCCACCAGUCCUGCCUGUCCUGUGUCAACGGCUCCUUCCCCUGCCACUGGUGCAAGUACCGCCACGUGUGCACGCACAACGCUGCCGACUGCGCCUUUCUGGAGGGCCGUGUCAACGUGUCCGAGGACUGCCCCCAGAUCCUGCCCUCCACCCAGAUCUACGUGCCAGUGGGCGUGGUGAAGCCCAUCGCCCUGGCUGCCCGGAACCUGCCGCAGCCGCAGUCGGGCCAGCGUGGGUACGAGUGCCUUUUCCACAUCCCAGGCAGCCCUGCCCGCGUCACUGCCCUGCGCUUCAACAGCUCCAGCCUGCAGUGCCAGAACUCCUCGUACUCCUAUGAGGGCAAUGACAUCAGUGACCUGCCUGUGAACCUGUCGGUCGUGUGGAACGGCAACUUUGUCAUUGACAACCCCCAGAACAUCCAGGCCCACCUCUACAAGUGCCCUGCGCAGCGGGAGAGCUGUGGCCUCUGCCUCAAAGCCGACCCACGCUUUGAGUGUGGCUGGUGUGUAGCCGAGCGCCGCUGCUCCCUGCGCCACCAUUGCCCGUACGAUGCACCUGCCGCCUGGAUGCAUGCCCGCCAUGGCAGCAGCCGCUGCACAGACCCCAAGAUCCUCAAGCUGUCACCGGAGACGGGCCCCCGACAGGGAGGGACGCGGCUCACCAUCACCGGCGAGAACCUGGGCCUGCGGUUCGAGGAUGUGCGGCUGGGUGUGCGUGUGGGCAAGGUGCUCUGCAGCCCUGUCGAGAGCGAGUACAUCAGCGCCGAGCAGAUCGUCUGCGAGAUCGGGGACGCCAGCUCUGUGCGGGCUCAUGAUGCCCUGGUGGAGGUGUGUGUGCGCGACUGCUCGCCCCACUACCGGGCCCUGUCGCCCAAGCGCUUCACCUUCGUGACACCAACCUUCUACCGCGUGAGUCCCUCCCGUGGGCCUCUGUCCGGGGGCACCUGGAUUGGCAUCGAGGGGAGCCACCUGAACGCGGGCAGUGAUGUGGCUGUGUCCAUCGGUGGCCGGCCCUGCUCCUUCUCCUGGAGGAACUCCCGGGAGAUCCGGUGCCUGACGCCCCCUGGGCAGAGCCCGGGCAGUGCCCCUAUCCUCAUUAACAUCAACCGCGCCCAGCUCGCCAACCCUGACGUGAAAUACAACUACACGGAGGACCCCACCAUCCUCAAGAUCGAGCCAGAGUGGAGCAUCAACAGCGGUGGGACCCUCCUCACCGUCACGGGCACCAAUCUGGCCACUGUCCGCGAGCCCCGAAUCCGAGCCAAGUAUGGAGGUGUCGAGCGAGAAAAUAGCUGCAUGGUGUACAACGACACCACUAUGGUGUGCCGGGCGCCGUCUGUGGACAAUCCUACGCGCACGCCGCCAGAGCUGGGGGAGCGGCCGGACGAGCUGGGCUUCAUCAUGGACAACGUGCGUGCCCUGCUGGUGCUCAACUCCUCCUCCUUCGUCUACUACCCCGACCCCGUGCUGGAGCCGCUCAGCCCCACUGGCCUCCUGGAGCUCAAGCCCAGUUCCCCGCUCAUCCUCAAGGGCCGGAACCUCCUGCCACCUGCGCCCGGCAACUCUAGGCUCAACUACACGGUGCUCAUCGGCUCCACGCCGUGCAUCCUCACUGUAUCGGAGACGCAGCUGCUGUGCGAGUCACCCAACCUCACGGGGCAGCACAAGGUCACGGUGCGUGCAGGUGGCUUUGAGUUCUCACCGGGCGUGCUGCAAGUGUACUCGGACAGCCUGCUGACGCUGCCCGCCAUCGUGGGCAUCGGUGGGGGCGGGGGCCUGCUGCUGCUGGUCAUCGUGGCCGUGCUCAUCGCCUACAAGCGCAAGUCCCGUGACGCUGACCGCACCCUCAAGCGGCUGCAGCUCCAGAUGGACAACCUGGAGUCCCGUGUGGCCCUCGAGUGCAAGGAAGCCUUUGCAGAGCUGCAGACGGACAUCCACGAGCUGACCAAUGAUCUGGACGGUGCGGGCAUCCCGUUCCUUGACUACCGCACCUAUGCCAUGCGGGUGCUCUUCCCCGGGAUCGAGGACCACCCUGUGCUCAAGGAGAUGGAGGUGCAGGCCAACGUGGAGAAGUCACUGACGCUGUUCGGGCAGCUGCUGACCAAGAAGCACUUCCUGCUCACCUUCAUCCGCACACUGGAGGCCCAGCGCAGCUUCUCCAUGCGGGACCGUGGCAACGUGGCCUCGCUCAUCAUGACGGCUCUGCAGGGUGAGAUGGAGUACGCCACAGGUGUGCUCAAGCAGCUGCUGUCCGACCUCAUUGAGAAGAACCUCGAGAGCAAGAACCACCCCAAGCUGCUGCUGCGCCGCACUGAGUCAGUGGCCGAGAAGAUGCUGACCAACUGGUUCACCUUCCUCCUGUACAAGUUCCUUAAGGAGUGCGCGGGGGAGCCGCUCUUCAUGCUGUACUGCGCCAUCAAGCAGCAGAUGGAGAAGGGCCCCAUCGACGCCAUCACAGGCGAGGCGCGCUACUCCCUGAGCGAGGACAAGCUCAUCCGGCAGCAGAUCGACUACAAGACGCUGACCCUGAACUGCGUGAACCCCGAGAAUGAGAACGCGCCUGAGGUGCCGGUGAAGGGGCUGAACUGUGACACCGUGACACAGGUCAAGGAGAAGCUGCUGGAUGCUGUGUACAAGGGGGUGCCCUACUCCCAGCGGCCCAAGGCUGGGGACAUGGACCUCGAGUGGCGCCAGGGCCGCAUGGCGCGCAUCAUCCUGCAGGACGAGGACGUCACUACCAAGAUUGAUAACGACUGGAAGAGGCUGAACACGCUGGCCCACUACCAGGUGACAGAUGGGUCAUCAGUGGCACUGGUGCCCAAGCAAACGUCUGCCUACAACAUUUCCAACUCCUCCACCUUCACCAAGUCCCUCAGCAGAUACGGUCCGGGUCCCACAGAGAGCAUGCUGCGUACGGCCAGCAGCCCUGACAGCUUGCGCUCACGCACGCCCAUGAUCACACCCGACCUGGAGAGCGGCACCAAGCUGUGGCACUUGGUGAAGAACCAUGACCACCUGGACCAGCGUGAGGGGGACCGAGGCAGCAAGAUGGUCUCGGAGAUCUACCUGACCCGGCUGCUGGCCACCAAGGGCACACUGCAGAAGUUUGUGGAUGACCUGUUUGAGACCAUCUUCAGCACAGCACACCGAGGCUCAGCCCUGCCACUGGCCAUCAAGUACAUGUUUGACUUCCUGGAUGAGCAGGCAGACAAGCACCAGAUCCAUGAUGCUGAUGUGCGCCACACCUGGAAGAGCAACUGCCUGCCCCUGCGCUUCUGGGUGAACGUGAUCAAGAACCCGCAGUUCGUGUUCGACAUCCACAAGAACAGCAUCACAGAUGCCUGCCUGUCCGUGGUGGCCCAGACGUUCAUGGACUCCUGCUCCACAUCGGAGCACAAGCUGGGCAAGGACUCGCCCUCCAACAAGCUGCUCUAUGCCAAGGACAUCCCCAACUACAAGAGCUGGGUGGAGAGGUACUAUGCCGACAUCGCCAAGAUGCCCGCGAUCAGUGACCAGGACAUGAGCGCCUACCUGGCCGAGCAGUCACGGCUGCAUCUGAGCCAGUUCAACAGCAUGAGCGCCCUGCAUGAGAUCUACUCCUAUAUCACCAAGUACAAGGAUGAGAUCUUGGGGGCUCUGGAGAAGGACGAGCAGGCAAGGCGGCAGCGGCUGCGCAGCAAACUGGAGCAGGUAGUGGACACGAUGGCCCUGAGCAGCUGAGCCCCAGCCAGUGACCGCCCAGCAGGAGGCAAAGCCAGAGGGCUGCAGAAUGGGGACCCCUGGAAACAGCUGCGCCCACCGUGCGGAGAACUAGGAGGUGCUCGGGGCUGCACACGGCCAUCAUCCUCCCGGCCUCCCUUCCUGGGCCCUCACGGCAUGGCCAGGCGUUUAUCAGUGUGGGUAUGAUGGCACCUGCUUGGCCACCUCUGCCCAGGGACCUUUGCUGCCUGCGAGAGCUGCCGGGGGCCUUCACAGGAGUGGAAGGGGCCUCCACAGGGUGAGGCCAGGGCCAGAGCCCCCCCAUGAGGGGCAGGAGCCUGCCUGUCUCUCGGAGGCAGGGCGCAGGGCUGGGGUCAGUGGUCCCGUCCUCCUCGGCGGCUGCCAGCGGACCAAGUCUGAGGAUCGGGGCCCAGCUGGCAGCUGGUGGGAGGGGCACGCCUGGGGUCGGUGAGAUGAGCCAAAGCCAUCUUGCCUUCCAUGUCCAGCACCCUACACUUGCUGCCCCCUCACCAUCCUCAGAUUCACCGCGUGCUCUGCGCGGCCAAGGCCGGAGCGCCACGUCUACCUGCCUGGGAGGCUCUGUCCCCUCCUAUGGAGGGAACGCCCAUGGCUCCGAGGGACUCGCGGACGGAUGGACAGACAGACCCCUCUGUCCUCAGGGCUGUGCCUCUGGGAGCCGCCGGGCCUGGGGCUCCAGCCACAGAGCGCAUGUUCCCGUUAUUUAUUCCCCUCUCCUCUUGCUCCUGCGCAGUGGCCUGAAGGUGGGCUGAGCCCCCCACCACGGAGCCCUUGCCUCUGCCCCUUCCCGCCAUGGCUUCCACUUGGGCCCUUCCUGAGCAGCAGGACACUGGGGACUUUGUUUUUAAAGGGAAACAGGAAAUCCCGCUGCUCUCUGCCUGGGUGGUGAGGGCAGAAUGCUUGGGCCCUGCUGGCCUGGACAGCUUGGGCUGCGACGACGGGCAGGGACUGAGGGCCUGGUGUCAGCUGCCACCCCCUUGUCCCAGCGGGCAAGAGAACAAGUUUUUAACGGAACCUUGUACAUAUAUAUGUAUGUGUGUGUAUAUAUAUAUGUGGCUCUGGCCUCAUCUCCAGCCCCAGUGGGGUACUGUACAGUUACAAAAGGAGAAGUCCGAAAAACAAUGUAGAAGAAAGCUCAGGUGGUGGGAGAGCAUUACCAGGUGGCAGGGAGAGAGUGGCUGGGUUUCUGGGGCCGGAGCCUCGCCCCAAAGCCUGGCCGCCUCCGCCCGGCACCCCACGCUUGCUGUGGACAAAGGAUUCGAGAGCCCCAACCUGCUGCCAGCCCCUGAGAGCUUCUGGGGUGCGUAGGGCCUGUGGAUUUGCAUGAUCGUGCUAGCGUUUAGUCUGAGUUGAUCUUUUUCAAACUGCAAGUGUUGAAUCUAGAGGUGGUUAGACCCUUUUUUACUGUUUUGUUUUUUUUUUUAAAUUAAUCAGUCACUUGUAUAAGCAUACAAGCAGCCCCCUUUUCGAAUUCACUUUUUCGAUGGUACUAAAGAUUCUAACGGACUUUAAGGGACAGCUAACUGUGGCCAGCCCCAGCCCCAGUGCGGAGGGCAGCACGCCCUGCACCUGUGGGCUGCCAGCCCUGGGGUUCCCUCAACCCCAGCCGUGUGAGCCAGUUGGGGCUCCUGGGAGGUCAGGUCAGGAGCCGUUCCCUGGUGAGGGGGUCGGUGUGUAGUUGGUGAACUUCUGACUCAGGGAGCUCUUCCACCCCAUGGGGCGCCGAGGGUUCUGGGCACCCCAUCUCAGCCGCCUCCAGCCCUGCCAGCCCCCCAAUGGCCAGAGCUGAGGCUGGCCGGGCUGGAGCUGUAGCCCUUACGUCCUCCAGGAUUCCUUCCCUUAUGUACCCUGUCCAUUCUCAUGCCGUCUGGCCGUGCCUCAGUUUCCCCUGAAGUCUUCCCUGGACACUGGCUUCAAGUGGAAGCCCACAGUUCUUCCAGUCCCGCCUGGGCCGUGUAGGCCCUUCAGCUCCCACACACCUCCAGUGCAGUCCCAGCCCUGCUCUUCCCCAGGCCUCCGGGCACUCGCGCCCCACUCAGUCCAGCUGGGCGGCCUCACCCACAUGGGCAGCAUCUGUGGGCAGCAGGAGGGUGCGGCCACCCAGCCCUGCCUGGCCUGACUUCUGUGGGGGGCCCUGGCCACGGCCAAGCUCGUGGCGUCUGCUCGCAAGCACUUUAGCAAAUCUGUUUACACACACGACGAUCCAGCUAAUUCUAAGCAUGCUGUGUCAGAGGAUAGCGGGUCUCCCUCGAGUGUCUGCGGAGCCCAUGCCGCCUGCCAGGUCCUGGGCUUAGGCCCUCAUUUCCUCUUGUCAGUAGUCCCCACGGUCCCCAAUGUGUAGCACCCUAGGGGCUGGACUAAACACCCCAUGGUCACCUCCUGCUGGCCCCUGCUGGGUGCUGCCAACUCCAGGGUGGCCUAGGGGCCGGGUUGGAGCCCAUCGUGUGCUGGGGGGUGAGAUGUCAGGAGCACCUCUGCUCCGCAGGCUGGCUUGGGCUCUGCUGGAAUUGCUACGCACCAUGGCCCUGCUUCUCCCAGCCGCUCCACCCCUCCUAACACUAGGCUCCCUUCCCUGACCCAGCCUCUGGGUUCGAGGCCGCCAGUACCUCCAGCUGGCCCUGCACCACCCAGCCACCUGCCUGUUCUCCCUUGGCCAGGGGGCCACAGUGGGUGGUGUGGGAGAGGGGCCUGGGUGCCCCCGGAUGCACAGCAUGAAGCGCCAGGGGUGGCCAGGACCCAGCCCUUGCCCCUGCGGUCCCCUUGCCAAGGGCCCUGCCCCUGUGUGUCCCUCCCAGCCCGGAUCUGAUAGCUCACUCGUUGGUGCUAUACAAGCUAGAAUAGAUAUAUUUAGAGAGAGAGAAAGAUAUUUUUAAGACAAAGCCCACAAUUAGCUGUCCUUUAAUGCCGCAGAGCCCCCACCCAAAAGAAGAACGGUCACUUGUACGGGCUGAGCCCCCAGCCCUCAGCGCUGUCUCUAGAAGCAGGGCCGCUGACUGGCGCUCCGCCCGCAGUUGUGUAAAUAUACGGCAAUUUCCUAUUUUACUGUUCUUCAGAUUUAGUACUUGUAAAUAAACACACACAUUAAGGAGAGAUUAAACAUUUUUGCUAAA